UUGAGAGUCGAGACAUUCCAAUUUGCUACAGAGUAGGAGUGUAGGACCAAUCUGUAAUUUUCUGGACCGGUAUAUAUAAAACCAACACCGAGAACCGCCACUCGUUUUCCCACAUCACAAACCCUACAUAAACUCUGAAAAUCCUCUAAUGGCGCCUUCACCAAACCCUCCUUUCUUGUCCUUCAAGCCACUGUUCUAAAAUGUUGAUGACGUUGAACUCCACACGUUUUACAUCAUAAGCAAAUCACCUUCCAUCAUUUUUCCAUAGCUCCAUUUGCACAAGCGAACAAAUGGCUAGAAUGUGCGCAUCAGGGAUAUUAGCAGCCGUAGCUUGCGCAGCUGCCGGCGUAGACCGAGCUUAUGCAGACGGGCCGCUUAAUUUUUCCCCUUUCUCGAACUCAGCUCCGGCGGCUUCCCAGGCGGCGCCGGAACCUCCGGCCAAGCCGCCGCCAGCUCAGCCGGCGGAGUCACGUGCUCGAAACGACACCCCUCGGACGACUUCUGCUGGGUUCGACCCUGAGGCGUUGGAGAGAGGUGCCAAGGCGUUGAGAGAGAUCAGUGGCUCUUCACAUGCUAAAAAGGUAUUCGAACUGAUGAAAAAGCAAGAAGAAACCAGGCUGCAAGAGCUAGAAUCAAAAUCGGCGGAGUUCAAGGCACUGCAAGCUCAAGCUGAAACUGUAAGCUUUGCUUUUCCUAAACCAUUAUUGUCCUUAGCUUUUUCUUGGUUUAAAGAUAAUGACAGGGAAAGACAAAGGGUGGUGUAUGACGAACAAAAAAAGCUUGCCCAGCAACAGGCACAAGUAAAAUCACAGAUGGCCCGCUACGAAGAUGAGUUGGCAAGGAAAAGGAUGCAGGCGGAGAAUGAGCACCACAGAGCAAGAAAUCAAGAACUCGUUAAAAUGCAAGAGGAAUCGGCUAUGAGGCAGGAGGCUGCCAGACAAGCGACCGAAAAUCAGAUUCAAGCUCAACGUCGCCAAACAGAGAGGGAGAAGGCUGAGAUUGAACGCGAAACUAUCAAGGUGCGGGCUAUGGCCGAGGCAGAGGGACGGGCCCACGAAGCCUCACUUGCGGAGGAAGUUAAUAAACGAAUGUUGGUCGAGCGUGCUAAUGCUGAAAGAGAGAAAUGGGUUGCCGCCAUCAACACAACUUUUGAUCACAUUGGAGGAGGCGUAACAGCUCUUGCAGCAGGGGUCUAUACUACACGAGAAGGAGCUAGAGUAAUUUGGAGCUAUGUGGACCGAAUAUUGGGACAACCAUCUCUGAUAAGAGAGUCUUCCCGAGGGAAAUAUCCAUGGUCUGGCCUAUUUUCACGUGCAAUGCGCAAUAUUUCAGGUGCUAGCAGAAGAUUGAGCUCCCAGAGUGGGAACGGGUUUGGUGAUGUUAUUCUGCAUCCUUCUCUUCAGAAAAGGAUUCAACAGUUGGCCAAUGCAACAGCUAAUACGAAAGCACACCAGGCACCAUUUAGAAAUAUGCUCUUUUACGGACCACCAGGAACUGGGAAAACAAUGGCUGCAAGGGAACUUGCCCGUAAAUCUGGCCUUGACUAUGCAUUGAUGACCGGAGGAGACGUUGCCCCUUUGGGCUCUCAGGCUGUCACAAAGAUACACCAAUUGCGGAACAAAACAUACAUGAGUGAAGCCCAACGAAGUGCACUCAAUGCACUUUUAUUCCGGACAGGCGACCAGUCAAAGGACAUAGUCCUUGCCCUUGCCACCAACCGCCCGUCAGACCUCGACUCAGCUGUGGCUGACCGUAUAGACGAGGUCCUCGAGUUCCCUCUUCCGGGCCUUGAAGAGCGGUUCAAGCUCCUCAAGCUCUACCUUGACAAGUACAUUGCGCGGGCUGGGAAAAGGCAAUCGGGCCUCUUCUCAAAAUUCUUCGAUAAGCAACAAAAGGAGAUCGAGAUCAAGGGUCUAAGCGAUGAUGUCAUCAAGGAGGCGGCUGAUAAGACGGAGGGGUUUUCGGGUAGGGAGAUUGCAAAGCUUAUGGCAAGCGUGCAGGCGGCGGUGUACGGUAGUGAGGAUUGUGUGCUGGAUGCUAACUUGUUCCGGGAGGUGGUGGAUUAUAAGGUUGCUGAGCAUCAGCAGCGGAAGAAGCUUGCUAGUGGUGGUGAAGAGGGAAGUCAUUGAAGAUUAUUUUCUUCAUUUUUUUUUUUCUGGGUAGUAUUUGGUGAGGAUUUUUUUUGUAUUCUUUUGCGGAAUUAUGAGCAGGCCAGAAAUUUUUUUGAUGGGGUUCUAUUUAUUUAUUUUUGAUUUUUUUAAUCAAUUUAAGGAGUUUUGCACGGAAAAGAAAGAAAUUGAAGCGACCAUUAUCUCGGAUUUUUUUGGUAAAAAAAUGAUAUUUAGAUACUCGAUUUAGUAAAUACUGAUAAGAGUACUACACCGGUACUAUUUUUUGUUAUUUUUAUAAAAAAGAGAA